GGCAGCGAGUGAGGAAUAAAGCGGCGCCGGCUGAGCACGACGCAGGCUGCCCUGGGAUGCUGUGAGCCAGCGAGGGAAGCCUGAAUCACCGGCACCUCAAGGAUUUUUAGAUGUGCCCUGAUGCCGCAGGGUCUCCCAGCUCCUGGAAAUGCAGCUCUCUUCCAGCGUGGCUGAACUCAGCUGUGACGAGACCAUGGACCCACCCGCCGAGGACUUCCAGCAGGUCCUGUCCAUCGACCAAAUCCGCUCCAUCCGUGCCAGCAACAACUACGUGGAGAGACCGGCGGCGUGCUUCCAGCAAGCCCGCUCCAACCCCUCGCUGUCCCAGCCCCCGCACAAGCAGGAGUGGUCCCAGGACCGCCUGGCGUCUUCCACCUUCCAGGACCUGCACCGCAGCCACAGCCAGCAGCACCAGAUGCCACCUCUGCAGCCGCACCUGAGCCACUCCAGCACGGCCAGCUCGGUGUCGCAGAGCACCACGGCCUCCGAGCAGCGCCUGCUGAGCAGCCUGACGCCGUCGCACUCCGGGCACUCGCUGGUCCGGACGCAGCCCCGUUCCGGCGAGCUGAAGGCGGAGGAGUCGCCGCGGAAGGCGGGCGCGGAGCCGGCCCCGGCGCACGGGCACCUGCUGCUGUGCGAGGCGUGCGGGCGCUGCCGCUGCGCCCGGUGCACGGCGGCCCGCAGCCUCCCCUCCUGCUGGCUCUGCAACCAGCGCUGCCUCUGCUCCGCCGAGAGCCUCCUCGACUACGGGACCUGCCUCUGCUGCGUCAAGGGGCUCUUCUACCACUGCUCCACCGACGACGAGGACACCUGCGCCGACGACCCCUGCUCCUGCGGGCCGGGCUCCUGCUGCGCCCGCUGGGCUGCCAUGAGCGUCCUGUCCCUCCUCAUGCCCUGCCUCUGCUGCUACUUUCCCACCCUGGGGUGCCUCAAACUUUGCCAGCGGGGUUAUGACGGCCUGAAACGCCCCGGCUGCCGCUGCCAGAGCCACACCAACACGGUCUGCAGAAAGAUCUCCUCCGCCAGCGGCACGCCCUUCCCCAAAACGCUGGACAAGCCGGUAUGACCCUCCCGAGGAGGAGAAGCGGGCUUUGCUCCUCUUCCUCCCCCUCCUCCUCCUCUUCUCUCCUCCGUGCCCCUCCUCCCUCAGCUUCCUCCGCUCCGCAGUGCCCCCCCUCCCCCCACCAUCACCUGCCGGGAUUGGGAUGGGUGACCCGGGGGUCCCCCAGGCUUUGGGACACCCUGGCUGGGUGCCCGGGGGAGCUGGCACCGAGCUGGGGGGUGGCAGUGGUUUUGCACAUGCGGGAGAGGGCCAGGAGAGGCAGAGCGAGCCGAGGGUGCCCUCCCUGGCUGUGGCCCCCAGGGAAAGGUCCCCCGGAGGGUCCCUGGGGCUCUGUCCCCACGGCAAGGGUGACCCGAGGCUCCUCAGGACUCUGCUCUCCGCAGUUUUAGGAGCUGCCCCACAGCGUGGUCCUUAUCCAUGGGGGAGGAGACAGGUCAGUGCCUCCCUGUGCGAGAGCCCCUCGAGAGCCAGACCUCCUCCUCCCGCUCUUUCUCCCUCUGCAGCACUUUCCGUGGGUGGCCUUUCUCCUCUCAGGUGGCCAUAGGUCCCUUUCCCCCAGGGGCUGGGGUGCCCAGGGGUCUCACCAGUGGCAGUGGCUUCCCUCCAGGCUUGGAAGCCGCUGGGAGAAGCGAGUGAGCUCCAAAAUGAGGUGGCACCGUGUUUUUCUGUCUCAAAGAGGAAGAGAAGGUGUGGGAAGCUUUAGAAACCUUCUGGCAGGGGAAGGAGCUAUCGGAGGCAGCCCAGCCCACUCGCUCCUGCCCGACUGCAGCAAGGGAAAGGUCCCCUCUGGGAUUUGGCUGAGAACAAGGAGCUGCUUGGAAAUUGCCAUUCAUUUCUCCUGGCCUUGGAGGGCUGCCUGAGGUGGGAGCUGCCGCCCGGCUCCAUCCCACCACCCAGCAGAUGCCACAGGCACCGGCUCCGUGCUCAACCCCGAUCUGGUACCUUCCACCAGCACUGAAUUCACUUUAAAACAAUAUGGCAAAGCCAACUGCGAGCAGCCACCGCUCCGGGGACUCCCCAGCGGGGCCUUCUGUCACCCUGCGUGGGGCUGGAGGACACGGGGAGCAGGAAGGGGUGUCGAAGCUGGGGACCCCGACCUUGCCUCCCCGCCAGGUUUCCUUUGAGUCCUCGCCUCGCUGAGGGGGUUGUGCCACCCACGGACAACCGGGAACGGGGCUGGAGCAAGCCCUGGGGCUGGGCCAUCUGCAGAGCAGACGGACACUGGAAUCCGGGUCAGGGCUCCGCGUUUCCUUGCUGGGAUGAAAUAACCCCGACUGGUUGCUGUGGCUGGGGGACUCCUGGUGGUCCUGGGCUCAGCCCCAUCUCUGUGUAGUGCCAGCUGCUGGUUGUGACCCCGCUGGCAUCAUUCAGGGGGGUUUGACGCCGGGGUGGUGUCCUGGAGCUCGGCUCUGCCUGCCUGUGCCCCCUGCCAGGUGUGUGAGCACAGAGAGGAGGGAAUGGUGCCCCUGGAGAAAUAUAUGCAACACAUCCCUUGGCUUCUCCAAGCCCCAGCUCCCGGGGCCCGGCCAUCGCCUCCUCCCAGCCGCCUCUUCCCGUAGAGUUCUGUGGAUCUAUUUUUGUAUAUAUAAAUAUAACGUUAGGAUGGGUAGUUCUAUUACUAAUAAUAUUCAUGAUACUGCUGUGAACGGUGCCAGGUACAAGGCUUGGCUUCCUGGUGCACUUGCACACGCUGGAAAAGAUGAUUUCCCAGUCAGUUCAUUGCUAAUCCCAGACCCUUGGUUCCCGGGGAAGGGGAGGGGGGAGAGGGAGGAGUAGGGAUUGUCUGGGGGUCUGCUCUGCAGGGAGGGGGGAUUCAGUGCUGGCUGAGGGGCGAGGCAGAAGUAGAAUCUCACUGUGGGACUCCUCUUUCCAUCCAUUCGCUUUCUAAAAAUCGUGGUGGAUCCAAGCUCCCUCUGUUGCGGGGAAAAGCGAUUCCAGGGAGUGAUUCAUCCCGCUUGGAAGCAUUAUUCACUAAAUCCUGGGCUGGCAGUGCCCGGCUCCCUUGACUCAAAUGGCACCCAAACAUUGAACUUGCGGCUCCCAGGGGAAGGGGGAUGAGUCCCAUCCCUGGUGGGAGGUUUGUGCUGGAGAGUGUUAUGGACAGGAGUGAAAUCCUCCCCCUGACGUCGCCCAGAGCCUGGGGGGGGAUGUGGGAAGAUCCGUGGGUACCUCAGGACGAUGCUCCGGGGUACAGAGGAACCUCCUGGCAUCAGGGAGGGACAGAGCCCCAUCUGUGCAUUGUACAUCCCUGGGGCCAGCCUGGACUCUGGAAUCAUUUGGAUUUUGAGGCCACGACCUCCUCAGAGGAUGCCCUGUAGGUGUGUGAGCCCCUCUGAGACCAUUCCUGUGGCAGAAAUACAAAAUACAUUGCAAAUAUAUUUAUCCUCAUGCCAAUGAUUGCUUGGCUCCCUACUUCCAGGUGGUGUUGUGGGGAGACACAUCCUCCAGGAGUCUCCUUCCUUUGGAAGGCUCAGUUCACUCUUCUAUUGGUGCUGAUUAAACUCCUUCUUCAUGAAAACCAGAGAGCAUUUUUUAGGGAGAAAAGGUCCCUUUUUCCCUGUGGGUUGGAGGAACCGUCUCCCUUGAAUGAGAAUGUGAAACAGUUCAUUGAAACUUUUUAAAGAAAACUAAUGAACAGAAUUUUCCAACUUGCUCUACUUUGAUUUUUUUUCUUCUUCCCUUUUAAACGGAUCCCACUUGUAAAUUUAGUUACCACCUCUGUAUCUUUGCAAUUCAUUGCUUCCUCUCCUGAUGGUGGAAUGACUCAACAUGUGAAGCUUCAUCAUUUUCACGGCCUCCCAAGUCAUGCGAGCGCGGGGUGACCUCCCCCAGGUGCUGGAGCUGGGGGAUGAGGGGAAGGCUGCCCAUGGAUCCGCUCCCCAGAGCCAGCUCUGCUUGGCACGGCCACGGCAGCGCAGCUCCCUUCAGCAGCUGGGGGGAGGCCAGGACUGCCAGGAGCUUCCACCUAAUGGGCUUUUUCUGGGUCAGUGCAGCAGCUCCCUUCCUACCAGAGCCCGGUGAGGGCUGAGGAGCACGGCCAGGGCUCGGGAAUGGCUCCUCUCCGUGGAAUGACAAACCUGGGAGAUCCGUUUGAUGGGAUACUGGACAUGUAGAAGGGGAGGGGUUUAAAAGCUGCAGAGUUGUGGCACUUGGGGGCAUGGUUCAGUGGUGGCUCGGCAGUGCUGGGUUAAUGUUUGGACUCAGAGGUCUUAGAGGGCUUUUCCAGCAGGAAUGAUUCCAUGAUUGUAGGAAGUGGAGAGGAGGAGAGCCCCGACUGGGCGCUGAGGGCUGCUGGACCGGAGCAGGGCUUUGUGUUCACUGAGGGCGGACACGAAAGCCACGCGCAGGACCAGGGGCUGGAGGAGUUCAGCCUGCUGGGCUCUGCCCUGCUCCUGGGGACAGGUGUUCACCUGGAAUUCUUGCUGCCCGCCCCCUCUGGGGCUCCUCGGCACAUUUCCCUUCCUCGCUCUCGGCACUCAGGAGAGCUUGGGAAGCACCAAAAGCUCUCCAAGGAGAAGCACCCGAAGCUCUGGCUCACCGGGCUCGGCCGUGGUGGGGAAGGCUGUGGGCAGCCUCAGAUUCUUUCCCUGAGCUUUUCCCAGCAUCCUCCGACCAGAUCCAUCCUGCUCCAUCCCCACCUCCGGCAGUUUGGUUUGCCUGCGGAGAGGGCCCCGGUUCUGGUUGGGGUUGGGAGCCCCUUUCCUGCCCCACCCUCCGUGAGUCAGAUCCAUCUGCUCGGGGUGUUUGUUUGCAGCUGCCUGUCCCAGCAGUUGGGUUUCUCUCUGUCCUGACGUGUCUUUUUUGGUUUCCUUUUGGGAGCGUCACAUGGAGCCCUCUGCUCUCCCGCAGGGACGGAUCCCUGGGUUGUCUUUCCUCUGCCAGGGAACUCGCAGGGCUGGGGGCAGACUGAGGCAGGGAAAGAGGUUCAGGUGCCAAAGGAGCAGGACGCAGGAGCUGCUGAGCAGGACCUGAGCUCCCCCUGCUCUGCUCCCCAUCCAGAGCCUCCUUUUCCCACCCAGGAGUGCAAAGCUCCAUCCAGGCAAGACCCCCUGAUGUUUUUUGCUUCCUCCAAGGCUUCCCUUGGUCCCACUCCCCCUUUUCCCCACUGGCAAAUCAGUCCCAGUGGGGACGGGUCAUGGGGGCCAGGCUGGGUCCUCCCAUCCCACCCCCACCCCUCCUGCUGGAAGGGCCAAAGAGGUCCUUGGGCUGCUGUGCACUCAUCCUUGAGAAACAUCAGUGCCUCAGAGAACAGGGGGGAGCUCUUUGUGACUCACAGAUUCCCCUAAAAUCCCACUGAGUCCUCUCCUGCCCAUGCCCAGGGGUGAACCCAAAGACUGGAGGGAAAAUGCCAUUGAGCCAAAGCCUGGAAUCAGAGAUUGGGCAUGGCUCUGAAGUGUGGCACAGAGGGGUGAGCCGGGGCUGAGGGGAGCUGCUGUGGGACUGGCAGGGGAAGGAGCCCACUGUGCCCCAAACCCCUGUGCCCAGCACCGCUGCUGCCGCUCUGUCUCCGGGGUGUUCCGAGGAAGCUGGGAGGAGUUCAGAGCUGGGAGUGGAAUGUCUGUGAUAGGAAUGUGAUAAGGGCUGACCCCCACCCCAAAGCUCAGGCUUGCUCUUUAACAGGAUCCAGCUCAGGCUUGGCUCCUCCGAGGAGCCCGUGGAGCCCAUGGGAUGCUUACUGAACCAGGGGGCCCAAACCUGAGCUGGGACUUCUUGGGGCUCAGUUUGCUGUGGGGUAUUUCUCCGUGAGCACCAGGAUCUCCUGCAAACCCUCCUGGAGCCCCGCUGGGAGCUGGGAUCUGUUCUCCUGCCUGGGGUGACAUUGCAGAAGUGUCCCCUGAGAGCACAACGCCGCUGUUCCCUGGAGGGGCACGGCAGGCAGGAGGGGUUUUGGAUGGGUGGGCAGCGGGAAUGUGUGAGGGAGGCGGCGCUGGGCCCCUCUCCUGCUGCCCCCGAAGGGUUUUGUCACGAGCAGGACCAAUCCCACCCCGCAGAGCUGGGUCUGGGCGAGGAGGUCCCACACCCUCUGUCCCAAGGUCCCCCCAAGCCCCAGGCCUGGCCGGCCCCCACCUUGUCCCUUUGCCCCGUUCCAUCGGGAUGCUCUCCUGGCAGCGGCCCCCCAUCCUCCUCCUCCCCUGGUGUCCUCAGCACAAAGCUCUCCUGGGAAGAUCCCCCUGGGCUCCACAGGACAGCCCCAGGAUCCCGAGGCUCUCAUCCCAAGUUCCUGGGUACAAAACCCUUCUGUACAGCGUGUAAAGAUCCCUCCCCGGCUCUCUUCGUUCCAGUCCCUUUCUGUAAGGUAUAAUAUAUGUUUAUAACCUGAUGGCUGGUUUUUUUGACAAUACUCUUGUACCUUUUAAGGGAAAAAAAAAUUAAAAAACCAAAGUAUUUAUUUGAAAAGUUUAUUUUAAAGAUAAGAAAAAAAAAAACCUAUUUAUUUUACUGCACCCUCUUCUGUUUGGUUUUCCUCUCUUGCAAAGCUGAUAACUGUUACAGAACCACUGCUGAGGUGAAAGAAGUGAUUCUAUGAGUGGCUUCACAAGCCCACUUAGAGCAACUAUUCAAUAAAAAUAUAUAUUAAUUUUGAA